GGCCUGCAGAGGGGUAUAUAAGCCCCCGGGGAUGUUGGUACAACGCGGCUUCACACUAUCUUCUCCUUCUUGAUCAGCCAAACCUCCACUCAUACCGUCUCAAGAUGGCACCAAAGAAGGCAAAGAGGAGGGCAGGAGGAGGAGAUAGCGGCUCCUCCAAUGUGUUCUCCAUGUUUGAGCAGAGCCAGAUUCAGGAGUACAAAGAGGCUUUCACAAUCAUUGACCAGAACAGAGAUGGUAUCAUCAGCAAGGAUGACCUGAGGGACGUGCUGGCUUCAAUGGGCCAGCUGAACGUGAAGAAUGAGGAGCUGGAGGCCAUGAUCAAGGAGGCCAGCGGACCCAUCAACUUCACCGUCUUCCUCACCAUGUUCGGAGAGAAGCUCAAGGGUGCUGACCCCGAGGACGUUAUUCUUACCGCCUUCAAAGUCCUGGACCCAGAGGCUACUGGAAGCAUCAAGAAGGAAUUCAUUGAGGAGCUCCUGACCACUCAGUGCGACAGGUUCUCAAAGGAGGAGAUUAAGAACAUGUGGGCCGCCUUCCCCCCAGAUGUUGCUGGCAACGUGGACUACAAGAACAUCUGCUAUGUCAUCACACACGGAGAGGAGAAGGAGGAGUAAAGACAAUGCUAGAAGACAAGAAAGACAGCAAUCCCUUUGCAAUUCUGCCUUCCCUGCCCUUUUCUUUCCUCCUCUUCCUUCUUCGCUUAGCUCUUGUGUAAACCCAUUUGCUCAGCCGUUUAUAUUCAAACCAAAGACUUGUCACACUGACACGAGGGGGCUGAUGCACAUUGGGUGUCUAUGUUUGCUUAUGGUGAAUAGGGGUGAUUUUUAAUAAAAUGAUCCUGUAACAUUAUCUCCAUCAACAAACUUUUCUCAAAAACCUUUCUUUGCAACCAUCUUCUGUCUUCUCACCUCUAUAUUUCUGUCAGCUCUGUCACUUCUACCUUCGAGGUGUUUGUGUAAAUGAAAUGUGUCCCUCUGCUUUCCUCAGUAUCUGAGCAUAAGACUGGUUUUCUAUUGGAAAGGGGGGCACAGAAAUAUAUGAGGACCUCAUUCCAAAUUUUGAAGAUGUCCUCUUGAAAAAAGGUGAGAGGAGGGAGAGCAUUUGCAGGUUAGAAAAAAAUAAGUUGCCUCCUUAAAGACUUAUUCCUUGAAAAGUGAAAGAAAAAAGACUGAAGGAGUGGAGAGAAAGGGCCGAAAGAAAACAUUCAAGUCUUCGAUUUUUUUCCCUUCGCUCCUUCCUGCAACCAUUAAAUCAUCUUUUUUCCCAUAAGCUGAACUCUUCCUAGCCUUUCCUCUGUAAUGAAUAAAAGGGACAAACUGUGAAUAAAACCUA